CUAUUCACCCCCCCUCUAGACUUUGUAUUUCACCACUUUGGGACCACCAAUUGGUAUCAGAGCUAACUUCUCACUAUCUACGUUUAGAUUAACGAGAAGCGAUCAUAAUGGUGAACAAUAUGGAUCACGGUUUGCCCAAGUUUUCUCUCUUAGGUUAUGAUGAUUGGAAGAUCAUGAUGGAAGCACAUCUCUACGCUCUACAUGACUGCAUGUGGAUGGUGCUUGAGGAUGGACCCUUGAAAAUCCAAAUGGAGAAUCCUGAGAGGAAUCCAGCUGCUCCAGAUGUAGUCCAGUACAUUCCAAAACCCAAAGAAAAAUGGGAUGAUAGAGAUUGCAAAAAGCACAAUCUGGACAACGUCGCCAAAGCAGCCAUCUUCAAGACACUUGAUCCCAUCACCUUCUCCAAGAUCAAGCAUCUCAAGACUGCCAUGGAGAUUUGGCAAGGUCUUGGGAAGCUAUGUGAGGGAUCAGAGGACCUAAGAAAGCAGAAGAUAGAAGUCUUACUUGAGAAGUUCAAAAGCUUCAAAAUGCUUCCCGGAGAAUCAUUUGACAUGUUGGAUGAAAGAUUCCACAAAAUAUGUAAUGAUCUUGCCUCACUUAACCACAUUCUUUCUCCCAAAGAAAAGAAUGUAAGGUCGCUGAGAUCACUCCCAACUGAGUGGUACACCAAAGCCACAGCCAGGGGAGAAGGAAGAAACCUGGAAAACUACACUGUUCAAGGUCUCCUUGAUGAACUCAGAACCUAUGAGUACGAGCUGAAAAAGAAGAAGGAAGAACAAGUCACUCCCUUCCCCACGGCAUUGAUGACAACUUCAAGAAUUCCAUCAAGUGAAGGGACAUGCACAAGAAACUGUGACACACCUUCCUCCAGGCAGCCGUCAAGCUCAAAAAUGGAGAACUACGAAGAGGAAUUUGCCAUGAUGGUCAAACAAUUUCGGAAGUUCAAGAAGUUCUUCAAGAAGGCUGAUUCAAUCAGAAGGCCAUCCAAGGGAAAGCCACAGGUAAGUGACUCCCCUCCUGAAUCUUAUUUAUGCUAUAACUGCAGGAAGCCUGGCCACUGGAAGUCAGCAUGCCCGUACCCAAAAGUGGAGAAGUACGGAGAAAGAGAAAGGAUCGAGAAGAAAAAGAAAGCAAUGGUUGCUGCUGAAAGUGACAAAUCAUCCAGCUCAAGCUCGGAUGAAGAAGCCCUCGUCUGCAUGGAGCGCAGAGUUGAGAAGUCCAACCAUGAGGAUAGGUGGACUAUGUCAGAAGAUGACACUCUCUGCCUAAUGGCCAAAGAUGAUGCUGAUCAAGAGGUAACCUCACAAACCUCCUGCUCAUCUUCUUAUAGCACACCAACUUCUGAAAAUCUUUUUGACCAGUUCAAAAAGAUGAUGAAAGACUUUGAGGAGAUAAAUCUCAAACACACAUCCUUAACAGAAGAGAACAAACUAUUGAGUGAAGAGAAUCUCAAGUUGACUGAAAGUCGGAAAAGUCAACUGAAUGAGAUCACUCAACUCAAGACUGAAAAUGAAUCUCUCUCUGAAAAGGAAGCCGCUAAGUACCCAGGUGUCUGGUACUUAGAUAGUGGCUGUUCAAGAGACAUGAUGGGUGAUGCGAGCCUUUUGAGCAAUCUAAUUCCCUAUGAUGGUCCAAGAGUUACUUUUGGAGGAAGCAAUGAUUUCGGCCUUACUAAAGGGCUAGGAAAUCUGAUGUACAAGGGACUAACCAUUCAAGCUGUAUCUUAUGUUGAAGGCCUCAACUAUAACCUUCUUAGCAUAAGUCAGUUUUGUGAUAAAGGUUACUUCUUGGAAUUCUGCAAGGACAUGGCAUCUCUCAAGAACAUCUCCAUAAAUGAAGUCAUUCUCACUGGGAAGAGAAUCAGAAACAUCUAUGAAGUGAUAUGGAGCGAUGUCAAAGAAGCAUGUCUAAUCAGCAAAGGUGACACUAACCUUCUAUGGCUGCAUUCAGAAAGGAAAGUAUUUGUGAUGCUUGCCAAAAAGGAAAGCAAGUCAAGUCCACCUUCAAGGAAAAAUCAGCACACUCAACUACAAGGAUAUUAAGUCUUAUUCACAUGGACUUAUUUGGCCCUGUUACACCAAUAAGUCUAAGUGGAAAGAAAUAUGUCCUGGUGGU